ACUGAACACAGCUAAACUCAGAAUUUGACAGCCGGCCUUUGUUUACCAUUUUUGACGGCUUCGCAGGUGGAAAAUAAUUGUAUACAUUGUGGCGUUGAAAUAUUAGAAGUUUUGCAUAAUUUCUUAUCAAUACGUUGAUUAUCUCUUUAAACGUACUACGAACUACGAACUACUAAAUUUGUGAAGGCAACUAAACAAACGCCAACUACGAAAACUGCGAAAGGCACUAUUUGUGGCUAUGUAUGUGUACACAGUUUGUGGCUUAUGAAUUUAGUAGUUUUGUUUAUCAAAUUUAUUGACGCACCAUAAAAAUAUAGCAAGAUGAUGGAAACCUGCCAGGUCGACUCGAGUCAUUUGGGCAAUACGUGUCCGCUCGAUUUCAGUUGCUUUUUGCGAGCGUCGCGUCUAUAUUGCUUUAACUCCACGGACAGCUAUUUAGAUUAUGUUGACGAGCAGAGGGAAAUGACCUACUCUUUUGAUACACUAUGGAAAAUAUCGCACAUAUUUUGGACAAUAGCUCCAAUAGUUUUUUGGUUUGGUUUUGCUCGCAUAAUAACACAUUUGAAAACGAAUAAUGUUGAUUCGAAUAUAAAGGCGGUAUUCAUAUUUGAAUUUCUGAUAAUCACCGUUCCCACCAUACUCAGUGUUAAUGUUGCCAAUGAAGCAGUUGAAUAUGUUGUUGUAGUAAUGACUGCAGGUAUGCUGUUGUUAGUUUGGCGAACAAAAUGUUGGCAAAUGGCAAAAAUGCGAGUUUUCGAAAUUGGAACACGUCCGUGUAUGUUGACUCUGUCGCGAGCCACAACUAAUUUCUUAACUUCUAUUUGUAUAUUAGCGAUUGAUUUCAAAUCUUUUCCCAGUGACUUUCGUAAAACGAGACGUUAUGGAGUUGGUUUAAUGGAUACUGGCAUUGGACUUUUUGUGUUUACCAUGGGUAGUGUGUCGCGACGCCCUAAAACAAACAAGGACCUAGUACGUAUGUGGGGAAAUGUAUUGCCGCUGUUAUUUUUGGGUCUAGCCCGUACUGUAGUUAUUAUGGUCAUAAAAUACAGCCAAGAUGAGCAUGAAUAUGGCACACAUUUAAAUGCAUUCUUUACACUUGGAUUUACAAAAUUGUUUGGUACACUGCUUAGUAGUGUAGUCAAUAAUGAUAACCUGUUGCUGCCACUGGGAUGUGCUGUGCUGAUUGCGCAUGAAGUUAUGCUACAGAAUGGCGUUGCAGAGUUUGUUAUGGACAGCAAUGUACACCGAAUCUCUUUUCUAACAUCCAAUCGUGAAGGUGUAUGUGCCAUUCCUGGAUUUAUUGGUAUAUAUCUAGUAUCGAUGUUUUUAGGCAAAUGUCUACAAUCAAAUAAACCACUAAAUUAUCGACAAUACAUGCGAAAAUUGAAGUAUAUGGCAGUGGUUGCGCUCUGCCUCUGGAUAGUAUUGUGCCCUUGUGUAGUUAUUAUAGGUAUAGCACGUGUAACCUGUAAUAUAAGCUAUGCUAUAUGGACAAUGGCUAUCAGUCUUACAAUAACUUUGUUCUUUACUAUUAUGUUCGAUUUGGUGUUGAACACCAUUUGGCCAAUACACAGUCCAACUUCUGUACAAGCUGAUACCGAACAUGGCAAAAAUGAUGUAGGUAAAAUGCAGACUCUACAAUAUCGACACGAAUUACCUCCAUUUGUAGAGGCUUUAAAUCAAAACGGAUUACUAUAUUUUUUACUCUCUAAUGUAUUAACUGGACUUGUUAAUAUAUUCCUUAAACCUGAGCAUCGUACCGCAAUUCAAGGCAUUGGUAUACUUAUGCUUUAUACUGGCCUAUCCACUGGAUUUGUGUAUAUUCUUCGUAGUUUUGGUAUAAAAAUUGCGUAACUUCUACGGUAUGUUUAGUUUUAAGACUAAUUUAUUUUAAAUAAGCAAAGAUUUUAUGCAUUGUUAAGUUAUU